AAUACCACUUUGAUCUGUGUGGGCAUUUCACAGUGCAGCACAUUGUCUCUACUCUGCAUCCUCCUAGUCUCCCUAGUCUAUACACAUCUGAGUUUGUUUGAGGGAGGGAUUAGGGGAGAAGGACACCAGAUUAGAUGACUUGUCUGAAAAACACUUUUAGCAUUAGGACCCCGGGGAUCUGUGCAGGAUAUAAGUGAAGCACCGAACUUGUGGCAGCUCAAAGAUGUUAAAAAAAAAAAAGUUGCUUUAUACUGUAGAAAAAAAGUUGAUAUGUGAGCCAUGUCAUUGGCUGGAGAGUCUCCGCGCAGGAAAAUACAAUGGCUCCUUAGUUCAGGGCAGAGUCUGCUAUAAAUGUAAUCCAUGUGGAAAUCACCUGAGUCGAGUCGGCAGCUCUGAAGGGGGGACAGCAUGAGCGCUUCCGUGGCCGUGUACCGGGACAUUUUCACGGAGGACCGCUUCAAGCAGGCUUACGGCUCCGAAGAGGACACAGGUGGAGGAGUGAGGCUCCGGGACAGGCUGGCCGGGAGGUGCAGGUGUUCCAGGGAGGCCUUCCUUCACCUGCUGAGGGAGAGAGUCCCCAUUUUUAGGUGGCUGCCGAGGUACAAGCUGAGGAAAUGGAUUUUAGGAGACACUAUAGCUGGACUGACUGUGGGGAUUCUUCAUAUUCCUCAAGGUAUGGCGUUUGCUCUGCUCACAUCUGUGGCUCCAAUAUUCGGUCUGUACACCUCCUUCUUCCCUGUGGUCCUAUACAUGAUCUUUGGCACAGGUCACCAUGUGUCCACAGGCACCUUUGCUGUGGUGAGUCUCAUGACCGGCUCUGUAGUGGAGCAGUUGGUUCCCACUCCUCUUGAGAUGAACUCAAGCUCACCUGAAGCAGCAGGAUUUGAGGCUCAGAGGAUUGGAGUGGCCUCAGCUGUAGCACUUCUCUCUGGGAUCUUCAUGAUCUGCAUGUUUGCCCUUCAUCUGGGCUUCCUCUCCACCUAUUUGUCAGAGCCGAUAGUGAAGGCUUUCAUCAGUGCUGCUGCCUUUCAUGUGACCAUCUCCCAGCUGCAAAGCAUGCUGGGGCUGCGGCUCCCUCGCCACACCGGAAACUUCUCCUUCUUCAAGACGUUGGUGUCAGUGAUGGAGAACCUGCCUCACACUAACACAGCGGAGCUCAUCAUCUCACUGGUCUCCCUGGCUGUCCUGGUUCCUGUAAAGGAAAUCAACGUGCGAUUUCGGCAUCGUCUUCGUACGCCCAUCCCCGUGGAGAUCCUCACCGUGAUUAUUGCUACGUGUGUAGUGUAUGCUUCUUCCCUGGAUUCUAUCUACAACAUUGAGAUUGUUGGGGAUAUUCCUGCUGGCUUUCCAAGGCCUCAACUUCCUGCCAUCAACACUUUCCCUGCCAUUGCUGGAGACACAGUAGCAAUCACCCUCGUUGGAUAUGCUCUGUCUGUCUCCCUGGCUAUGAUCUAUGCUGAUAAACAUGGUUAUUCUAUUCAACCUAACCAGGAGCUGCUGGCCCAUGGGAUCUCCAACGCUGUGUCUGCCUUUUUCACCUGCUUCCCCAGCUCAGCCACUCUGGCCACCACUAACAUACUAGAGAGUGCUGGAGGACACACACAGCUCUGUGGUUUGUUCACCAGUCUGGUUGUCCUUGUUGUCCUGCUGCUGAUUGGACCGCUCUUCUACUUCCUGCCCAAGGCAGUUUUGGCAUGCAUCAACGUAACAAGCCUCAGGCAAAUGCUCCUGCAGUUCCAAGACCUACCGGAACUGUGGAGAAUCAGCAAGCUUGAUUUUAUGGUCUGGAUUGUUACCUGGUUGUCCGUGGUGGUCCUCAAUGUAGACCUUGGUCUGGCCAUCGGAGUGGUUUUCUCUAUGAUGACAAUCAUUUGUCGCACACAAAGGGUUGCUUGCUCAGUUCUCGGACGCGCCAGCAACACAGAAAUAUACAGACCUUUGGAGAACCAUAAUAAGUGCUAUGAAGUGCCUGGAGUGAAGAUCCUGACUUACAAUGGCCCCAUUUACUAUGGCAACCGAAGCUUCUUCAGGGAACAAAUGAGUAAACUGUUGGGUCUGACACCGGAGAAGAUCCGCAGGAGGGAGAAAGCCAAGAAAGCCUUGGAGAAGCAAGAGAGUGAGACAGUCAUCUGCACCGUGGAGAGGGGUAUUGCAAAUACGUCAUUUUCCUCUGUGAGUGACUUCUUUAAAUCAGCAGAAGCAUCAGAAAGCGAUCUGGAGGCUGUUCUGAUAGAUUGCAGCAGUGUCAUAUUCAUUGAUGUUGCUGGAGCAAGGCUCUUCACACAGAUGUGCACCCAAUGCCAGAACAUUGGCGUUUCUGUGUAUUUGGCAAACUGCAAUGAGAAUGUCUUGAAGAUCAUGACAUCGAGCGGCCUAAUGAGCCACAUGAAUCCUCAACAUAUUUUUGUCACAGUGCAUGACGCUGUGACGUAUAUUCAACAACAGAAGGAGAAACCAUCAGAGAACACCUCAACAGUUUGGGUCUGAACAUGGAGGACUCGUUUGCUCACUUUGGCUGAGUGGGACUACAACGGCAAACUGGAUAUCAGCCAAGAUGUUUAUCAAGUGUGCAGGAGGAGCAUUCUAGCAUUUUAAGCCUGUUCUGAUUUUAGAGAAGCAUUAGCAACUAUGACAAUACAGUGUUACUACUUCAUUUACAGCUGCUGGACACGCUCUUGAAUUAUUGGACAAAACACACAUUUUCUCAUAUUGCCCAACAACCAAAUACUUUCCCUUUUACUGUUUAUGCUUUUUUGCAUAAGAACAUGUUUCCACUGUAAUAUUUAUUACAUUUCUUUCUAUGUUACACAAAUACUUUUGUAUUCUGGUGUUGCUGAUAUUUACAGCACUUGAAAGCAGAGCUUGGAUAUGUAUAUGUGUCUAAUAAAAAUAGGAUUGGAGUA